ACUAUUUUGGGAUCAAGAAUGGAUCGAUUAACACAGCUUCAAGAUGCCAUUGAUUCGAUGGCACGCAUGUUUACAAACAGUAUACAUUAUGUUCACGAGAGAUCUUCUAUGGCCUCCCUCAACAACGAUAUUCCAGUAGCUCAACAAAAAGUCCAGGCUGAUUCACCUGAAGUAUUUCAACAAAAUAUGCAAGAACUUGCCACUGAUUUAGUAAAGAAGGCCAAAGAGAUCGACUUGCUGAUUGAGGUUUUGCCUGGGAUUAAAAACACUGAAGAGGAUCAGCUACGAAUUCUUGCCGAGCUUGAAGAAGAAAACAGAUUGGCUAACCAAGAAUACGAAGAUGCAGUACAUGAACUAGAAAUGGCAAGAGAAAAGAUCUCCAAUGCACUUCGUACGAUAUCAAAUAACCAGAGUCAGAAAUUCACAGAAAUCCUUGUCAAAGAUGAUCAAUGAUAAUUGUUAGCCUGACGAUAAUCUCCCCCAGGGCUCAUUUCCCACGUCCUAUGUCUUUAACUUGUAUAUUCAAUUCCACCCAAAUGUGACCCAGAGUAUUGAACAAAUGUGGUUCAAUAAUAAUAGUAAUAAUAACAGUAAUAAUAAUAAAUUAAAAACAUUACAUAUACAUAUGUAUUUAUGUAUAAAAGUACUUUGAAAUCUUUUUU